CGGUGCCCUCGCCGCUGCCUUCCCCCUCCUGCCGCCGUCUUCCCCCUCCUGCCGCUGCCGCCGCCGCCGCCGCCGAGAUGUUGGCCUCGGAUGGCCGUAGCUGAGUCGCGCGCCCCGCGCACUUUGGCUGAGGUGGGGCAGGGGGACGGUCCGCUCGACUUUCUUUUGGUCCGGCGGCCCUGGGACUCCUCCCUAACAGCCCCGAACCGAGUCCCCCCAAGUCGGGGACCCUCCGCUCCUCUUAAAGAGGAGUGGACACCUGCACCUGUAUCUCCCUAAAACGGGGUCCUCUCUUUGCCGUCCCCUCACACCCACACAGACGGCAGAGAGCUUCACGAUCCCGUUUGCCAUCUUCUCCAACUCCAGAACCUUCUGACCUCCGCUAGUUCCUCCUGGCUUCUGCCCCUUACCCCGUCCACGCUCAUCAGGAGACGUCCCUCAGCCCCCUGGGCCUGGGCCUGGCUCCCAGCCUGCGGGCUGCUUCCGGACCACCUCCUCUCUUCACUCCUCCUGCCCCUCCGUGCUCUGACCCUCGGUCCUCUUGGCGCCCCCCUCGUCUAACCAGGAGGGCGGGGGGCCCCUACCAGGAUGUGAGCCCCUUUCACCUGUAAUGCGUGGCUGGUCCUUGGCCCUUCCAUGCCAUGGAGAACCAAGUGCUGGUGAUUCGCAUAAAGAUUCCCAACAGUGGAGCGGUGGACUGGACGGUGCACUCGGGGCCGCAGCUCCUCUUCAGGGAUGUGCUGGAUGUGAUAGGCCAGGUUCUGCCUGAAGCAACAACCACAGCAUUUGAAUAUGAAGAUGAAGAUGGUGACCGAAUUACAGUGAGAAGUGAUGAAGAAAUGAAAGCAAUGCUGUCAUAUUACAAACCUCGGAGAAGGCAAUGGCACCCCACUCAAGUACUCUUGCCUGGAAAAUCCCAUGGAUGGAGGAGCCUGUAUUAUUCUACAAUAAUGGAACAGCAAGUAAAUGGACAGUUAAUAGAGCCUCUGCAGAUAUUUCCAAGAGCCUGCAAGCCUCCUGGGGAACGGAACAUACAUGGCCUGAAGGUGAAUACCCGGGCUGGACCCUCUCAACACAGCAGCCCAGCAGUCUCAGAUUCACUUCCAAGCAAUAGCUUAAAGAAGUCUUCUGCCGAACUGAAAAAAAUAUUAGCCAAUGGCCAGAUGAAUGAACAAGACAUACGGUAUCGAGACACUCUUGGUCAUGGCAACGGCGGCACAGUCUACAAAGCAUAUCAUGUCCCAAGUGGGAAAAUACUAGCUGUAAAGGUCAUACUACUAGAUAUUACACUGGAACUUCAGAAGCAAAUUAUGUCUGAAUUGGAAAUUCUUUAUAAGUGUGAUUCAUCAUAUAUCAUAGGGUUUUAUGGUGCAUUUUUCGUGGAGAACAGGAUUUCAAUAUGUACUGAAUUUAUGGAUGGAGGAUCUUUGGACGUAUAUAGAAAAAUUCCAGAGCAUGUCCUUGGAAGAAUUGCAGUGGCGGUUGUUAAAGGCCUUACUUAUUUGUGGAGUUUAAAGAUUUUACAUAGAGAUGUGAAGCCCUCCAAUAUGCUAGUAAACACAAGAGGACAAGUCAAGCUGUGUGAUUUUGGAGUUAGCACUCAGCUGGUGAAUUCUAUAGCCAAGACGUAUGUUGGAACAAAUGCUUAUAUGGCGCCUGAAAGAAUUUCAGGGGAGCAGUAUGGAAUUCAUUCUGAUGUCUGGAGCUUAGGAAUCUCUUUCAUGGAGCUUGCUCUUGGGAGGUUUCCAUAUCCUCAGAUUCAGAAAAACCAGGGAUCUUUAAUGCCUCUCCAGCUUCUGCAGUGCAUUGUUGAUGAGGAUUCGCCCGUCCUUCCGGUUGGAGAGUUCUCCGAGCCGUUUGUACACUUCAUCACUCAGUGCAUGCGAAAACAGCCAAAAGAAAGGCCAGCCCCUGAGGAACUGAUGGGCCACCCGUUCAUCGUGCAGUUCAACGAUGGAAAUGCCACCGUGGUGUCCAUGUGGGUGUGCAGGGCGCUGGAGGAGAGGCGGAGCCAGCAGGGCCCCCCCUGAGGCUGGGUGGACGCUGAGAGCUCAGGACUGGUCACCAAGGGGAAGACCCACCUGUUGCGCCUUCUCCGUUUGCUGUCCGCACCAAAAGAGCUUUGCUGGACUCACCUUCGACACUGCUGGCAGAUGGCCUUGCCUAGGGAGCCCUCAAGGGUGGCCCGCCCUGCAGAGCCAGCCCUCGCCCGCCUCGGGUCUGGAAGCCUGACUGGCAGGGUGGGUGGAGGGCUUGGGGCAUCAGAAAACGGUGACCCCUACACCCUGGCCCCCUUCCUUCUUCUUAACCGUCUUCUUUGUAAAGGGUCGGGCCCCGUCAGCAUCCCUGAUGGGAAUAAAAGUAUUACUUCUUUGUAA